AUCAAUUCACGCGCGAAGUUCUCAUUCGGAGAUUUGCUCGCGCGUGUCAAGCUGGUGAUCAUCGAGGCUCUCCGUUUCUUAUAACUGAUCGCGACUGCAAAUCAUAACAAUCAGCUAACUGUCGAGUUUUGAACGAUCGACGAUCAGUUGGGAAAGGAAUGAGUGACGAAGAUGGCCCGAGAACCUCCGAAAUACGAGCGUCUGCCGGAAGAGAAGACGAGGGAGAUGCUGAAGCUGUUUAAGGGCGAGAGGACUGGCUUUGUGCUCGUUGGUCCAAAGAAAUACUUUUUCCCGUUUAGAUAUAUUGAACAGGGUGCCGGCUUCUAUAAUUUCGAAGCCAGGCCGGAUGAUACGUGGAUUUUGUCACAUCCCAGAUCAGGAACUACUGUGACGUCGGAGCUUAUCUGGCUGUUGGCUAACAAUUUGAACUUUGACUUGGCAAGAAAGCGUCUACUUACAGAGAGGUUUCCAUUUCUUGAAUUUAGUAUGUUUAAUCAUCCUGAAGUUACUCGUGAAUUUUUGUCAAUGAAUAAGGAGAACAUUGCGAAGCAAGAGCUAUGUCUGGAGAUAGCCAAGCCCGGUUACGAAGUUAUUGCCAAAAUGCCGUCGCCUAGAUUCAUAAAGAGCCACUUUCCUUUCAGCAUGCUUCCUGGACUUUUAGAUGUUGGUUGCAAGGUCGUCUACGUUGCUCGCAAUCCGAAAGACGUUGCAACCUCUUGGUAUCAUCUUAAUUGUGCCAUAAAGACUCAAGGAUAUAUCGGAGAUUUUGCCACCUUUUGGAAUUACUUUCAAAAUAGUUUGAGUAAGUAAAAGAUGUUUAGAGGA